AUGACAGAAGUAAUGAAAAAUAAAGCUGAAAAUUCUGAACGAGAAGUAAGUUCUACUGAGGUAAAAAAACCGUUGGAAGAAACUUUAGAAAAGAAAGAUACACAGGUUGACAAGAAGGAAUUGACGGAAAAUGCCAAAGAAGAGAUUUGUGAAGCAUCUGGUAAAGCAGAUAGAGUGGACGAAACUGUAGAAACCAAAGCUGAAGUAGGAUGGGAUGCACCUGUUGAAACUAAAACUGAAGUAGGAUGGAAUGCACCCUCCGAAACCAAAGCUGAAGUAGGAUGGGAUGCGCCUGCUGAAACCAAAGCUGAAGUAGGAUGGGAUGCGCCUGCUGAAACCAAAGCUGAAGUAGGAUGGGAUGUGCCUGCUGAAACCAAAACUGAAGGUGGAUGGGAUGCGCCUGCUGAAACCAAAACUGAAGGUGGAUGGGGUGAAGUAUCUACUUCUGCUUGGGAUGUACCUAUUUCUAAUACUGAAACAGAAUCUGCCAGAGAAACGAAUGAUUACAGAAAUAAAGAAGGAGAUAGAAGUUACAAUGAAAGAAAUAACAGUGGAGAUUAUCCCAGAAAGAGAUUUGAUAGAGAAUCAAAUAGUAGAGGUGAAUCAUCCUAUGGUCAAGAAAAAAGAUUUAGGUCUGAUAGGGAAAAUGAUCGUUAUGGAGACGAUAGGCGAGGAGGUUAUCAGCCAAGAGAAAGAGAAUACGGGUCUAGAGAUAGAGACUAUGGAUCUAGGGACAGAGACUACCAGCCAAGGAAUAGGGACUAUGGAUCUAGGGAAAGAGAAUAUCAGCCAAGAGAAAGGGAGUAUGUUUCUAGAGACAGAGACUAUCAGUCGAGAGACAAAGACUAUGGAUCUAGAGAUAGGGACUACCAGCCAAGAGAUAGGGAUUAUCAGCCAAGAGAUAGGGACUAUCAGUCAAGAGAUAGGGACUAUGGGGGUGACAGAAGAGGAAGCUAUGGAUCUAGAGAUUCUGGAUACGAAAGAUCUGCUGGAAGAGACCGCUAUGACAGAAAUGGUGGUUCUUACGGACAAGCACCAGAAAAUAGGCAACGUUCAUACGACGCACAGCCAAAAAAACCAAUACCUGCAAAUGUUCCACCAUCCAGAACACUUGGACUAUUUGGUCUUAGCUUGUAUGCCACUGAAGAUGAUUUAAGGGAAUUUUUGGCUGAAGAACUUCCUGAUAUUAAAGACUAUAAGCUUACAAUUAUUACAGACUAUGAAACAAAAAAAAGUCGUGGCUUUGGAUUUGUCUAUUUCAAUUGUCUUGAAGAUAGUAUCAAAGCUAAAGAUUUUCUUAAGGGAAAAUCAAUUAAAGGGAAGGAAAUACGCAUUGAUUAUUCUGUAAGCGACGUCCUUAGACCCAAUUACCAUUAA